UGACUGAAGGGACUUACACCCACACAUGCACACAACACGUACAGAAAGUAGAAGCCCACAAAGUUUUAUCUAGAAGCAGCAAUCAAUAAUUAUAUAAUCCAACCAGAGAGAGUGUGGCCAAAUGCUCUGGAGUGAGAGUUAAAUCCCAGUGCUAUAGCUUAGUACUUAAGUCCUAAGCCAAAUUACCUAAGAUGUCUAAAUCUGUGUCUCCUCAGUCACUGAGUUAAUCAACGUUCUUGAUUUAAAGAAAUAAAAAGGCAUAGUUGGUAUCUGACAAUUACUAGUUCUCUCAGCAGCACCCUAAUUUCACAGCAGAAGAACUGGUCAGAGGUAGUAAAGAGACUUGUCUAAGUUCCCGCAGCCAGUGGGGGGCUCAGAACUCUCCCCUGUGACUCAGGCCAGGGUUAUGUUUGCUUUUAAAUCACAACAUAAACUAAUAGGAAUAACUGUAUUCAGACAAGUGGGGUCACGUUGCAGAAUAGGAGGAAGUGACAUAUAAGUAAAUUCUGAUGUUAAAUAAUAACAUUAGAAUUUAAGAAGUAUUAAGUUUCUGAGAGAAUUUUAUACCUAGUUUUUCAAUUAUUUUUGAUAAUUAUAUAUAAUGAGCAGUUUUAUCUUAGAAAUAUACACCAGGUUUUUCUUACAAUUUCAAAACCUUCUAAAAUGGCAAAUUCUGUAAAAUGUUUAAAAAUUCUUUCAGGCUGUAUUCUAUUAAUUAGGAUUAGGAGGCUAAUUAGGAGGCUGCCUCUUUAGAACAGAGUCUCACUCCUGAGCUUUGUAAUAAAAAAACAAACUCAUCAGCCUGCAACUACUUCUAAGUAAAGUUGAAUACUAUUUUUUCAGUAUUCAACUUAAAAGAUCUCUGGGCGGCAGACUCACAUGUUUGUUUUAUAAUUGCCCGUUGAACUAUGAUAGUUUGUUUCCAGAUGGUGCCCUUCCUUCAACCUGCACACAGUCUCUCCUUGUUUGCAGGCGUUCAACCUCCUGCUGAUGCCACUACCUCCACCCCUAUUUAAGGCUACAGAGAGGAAAUCCUAAGAUUUUUCCCCCCUAGUCUCCAGCAAAUUUUUGGUGACGUAAUAUGUGGGCUGAACUUGAGUCUCCUGAGAAAGAGAGGGAAUCACUAUUCAAGGGUACUGUAUAUACAAUCUGGGUCAGCUGCAGCUGGUUUUACUGCAUUUCUCCAUGUGGCAGGCAGAGCAAAGCCACAAUGCUUUCUCUGCUGGAUUAAAGACAGCCCGCAGACCAGGAACUUCCACUCUACUACUUAAAAUUACAUAGGUGGCUUGUCAAAUUCAAUUGAUUAGUGCUGUAAGAAGAAAAAGAAGCUCCUUAUUACAGCUUGGAUUCAACGGUCCAAAACAAAAAUGCAGUUGCCAUUAAAGUCACAGACGAACAAACGUCUACACUGAUUUUUAAAAGCAAGAGUAACAGCAGCAAGUUUCUGGGCUUGCUUUAUCAACAGAUGCAAAAAGAUAGCAUACAACCUCAUUUCAAAAUGAAGGCUUUUAUCUGGACCCUAAGUGUGCUAUUCUUCCUACUAAUGGGCAUUGGACAUUGCAGAGGAGGACAGUUCAAAAUUAAAAAAAUAACCCAGAGGAGAUACCCUCGCGCCACAGAUGGUAAAGAGGAAGCAAAGAAAUGUUCAUACACAUUUCUGGUACCUGAACAAAAAAUAACAGGGCCAAUAUGUGUCAAUACCAAAGGGCAAGAUGCAGGUACCAUUAAAGACAUGAUCACCAGGAUGGAUCUUGAGAACCUGAAGGACGUGCUCUCCAAGCAGAAGCGGGAGAUAGAUGUCCUGCAGUUGGUGGUGGAUGUGGAUGGAAACAUUGUCAAUGAGGUAAAGCUGCUGAGGAAAGAAAGCCGUAACAUGAACUCCCGUGUCACUCAGCUCUAUAUGCAACUACUGCAUGAGAUUAUCCGAAAGAGGGAUAACUCACUUGAACUUUCCCAGUUGGAAAAUAAAAUCCUCAAUGUCACCACAGAAAUGUUGAAGAUGGCAACAAGGUACAGGGAACUGGAGGUGAAAUACGCUUCCUUGACUGAUCUGGUCAAUAACCAGUCUGUGAUGAUCACUUUGUUGGAAGAACAGUGCUUGAGGAUAUUUUCUCGACAGGACCCCCAUGUGUCUCCUCCUCUCGUCCAGGUCGUGCCACAGCACAUUCCUAACAGUCAUCAGUACACUCCUGGUCUGCUGGGAGGCAAUGAGAUACAGAGGGAUCCAGGCUAUCCCAGAGAUUUAAUGCCACCAUCUGAUCUGAUAACUUCUCCCACCAAAAGCCCUCUCAAGAUACCACCGGUAACUUUCAUCAAUGAAGGACCAUACAAAGAUUGUCAACACGCAAAAGAUGCUGGACAUUCAGUCAGUGGGAUUUAUAUGAUCAAACCUGAAAACAGCAAAGGACCAAUGCAACUAUGGUGUGAGAACAGUUUGGAUCCUGGAGGUUGGACUGUUAUUCAGAAAAGAACAGAUGGCUCUGUCAACUUCUUCAGAAACUGGGAAAAUUAUAAGAAAGGAUUUGGAAACAUUGAUGGAGAAUAUUGGCUUGGACUGGAAAAUAUCUAUUUGCUUAGCAAUCAAGAUAAUUAUAAGUUAUUGAUUGAAUUAGAAGACUGGAGUGAGAAAAAAGUCUAUGCAGAAUAUAGCAGUUUCCGCCUGGAACCAGAAAGUGAAUUCUAUAGAUUGCGUCUGGGGACUUACCAGGGGAAUGCUGGGGAUUCCAUGAUGUGGCAUAAUGGUAAACAGUUCACCACUCUGGACAGAGAUAAAGAUAUGUAUGCAGGAAACUGCGCCCACUUCCAUAAAGGAGGAUGGUGGUACAAUGCCUGUGCACACUCUAAUCUCAAUGGAGUCUGGUACAGAGGAGGCCAUUACAGAAGCAAGUACCAAGAUGGGAUAUUUUGGGCCGAAUACCGAGGUGGCUCAUACUCCUUGAGAGCAGUUCAGAUGCUGAUCAAGCCUAUUGACUGAAGAGACGCAGUCUCCAAUUUAAAUGACACAGAACUCUAUUUUUCAGUUCCUAAAAAUGUAAAUGUUACAUGUAUAUUAUUUUGCACAAUUCAUUUCUACAGAUAUAGUUUUUAAAGUGAAUUUUUACUGUAACUAUAAAAGGGGAUUUAUGAAUAUAGAUUCAUCUUCCCUUAAUAUACUGUAGAAGAUUAUCUGUAUCUAUAAUCCAAGUUAUUUUAAAAAUAUUAUUGACUGAAUACAAGCGAAGUUUGUUUUCUAAAAUGUAAAUUAUUUGUCACAACAUAAAACAAAUUUUAGCUUUAUUUUAAAUCAAAAUUCAAUACAUGUCAAGAUCCUUAACAAUUUAUUUAAAGCCUUUAUGAGAAUGCUGUAACUUCCAAUGGAAAAAUAAUUUUAAGAUUUCAGCAACAUCAUACAUUUUAUUUAUAAAAAAUAUAGACAGGAAAUUAGAAAAAACUCUAGUUUUGCCAACAAUUUGCAUUGAAUAAAAGUUAUUUCAAAUUGAGUUUAUGCCUUCACAUGAAAUGAUUAAAUCUGAAUUCUUGACAAUAUAUUUUAUGCCAAUUUCAAAAAGAAUGAAGAAAUCCACAAGAUACAUAUUUUUAAAAACAAAAAUAAUGUAUACAGUAUUUAAAUGGCCAAUUUAUAGAAACAGAAAUAUAUAAAUGAAUUUUUCAAUGUUACCUUCAUACGAAUACCAAAAUUUCCUAAAAUCUACUUUAUAUUUUGAUAUCAGUAAAACAUUGCUAUUACAAA